AUGGCCUCCCGCGGCAGCAGCGCUGGGCGCCGAAGUUGCUCUUCACCUCCAUUCAAACAGGUGCCCUUCGCCGGCCUCCCAACGUGCCGAAUGAACCCGGCUUGCCUCGUGCGUGGGCUCCGUGAGGUGGACAAGAAGGACCGGAUGGAGGGCCGCUGUCGAUGCGUCGACGCCGACUGCCGUGCUGCCUCCUACCAUGCUUGGCAGCACAAGGCCGAGCCUGAGAUGCUCUGCAAGAGGUGCAAGAUGGGCCCAGCCAGCAACGUCUACAGUGAAGAGGUGAUGCGGGCUUUGAAUUCCAGAGGUGGCCCCAUCUGGACCCGGCUGCUCCACGGCGAAGCCACACCAAGAGGCUUUCCAGCAACACCUAUACGGAGGAAGGGGCUCUGA